AUGAUCUUCUCUCGUGCUCUAAUUGUCGCCGCCUCGUUGGUCGGACUGGUCAGCAGCCAAACUUGGACUGCCGUCAACAUUAGUGCCAUCGACAGCGCAACACGAAGCAAAUGGUGUCUAGAUCAGACCUCGUCGUGUCCCCUCCUCUGUCUCCAAAUGGCCAAUGCCACUGGUGAUCCAAUUCAAAACGACUGUGACUCCGAUGAUCUCACCUACAAUUGUGUUUGCAGCAACCAGAUGUCUCCUAACGCUUCCGAAUACUCUCAGACCAUUCCCUACUAUCUCUGCACCGAGGCCAACACCGAGUGUGUUGAUCGAUGCGACAGCUCCGACGCAACCUGUCAGUCUGCUUGCCGCACUGAGCGUCCUUGUGGAGCUCAAAAUCCCAAGCGCCACAAUGUCACUACGACCACCAGUGCCACAUCGAACCCAACCAAGAAUGCUGCUACGACUACGACUCUGGCCGCUUUCACAGGAGAGGCCACAAACAAGAACGCGGCUGUCAGGGUCUCGUCCGUUGACAUUGGACAUGUGUAUGGUCUGUGUGUCGUGCUGAUGUGGAAGGCAGUGGAAGGCACCUCCGUCUUGUUUUACAACAUCUCGAACCGGUCGAACGACACGCAUCUCACUGAAAAAACGAACACAGCUGAUGGAUUCAACAUGGACACCUGGGAGAUCUACCUAGGCCGGUCCGCUCUUUCAAGACUCCCCUCGUUGAUGAGUCUUUCCUACUUCGUCUCGUCUUUCUACCCUGUUCCUUCCCUCCCCGGGGCCUCUACCUUACCCCUCUCGCUGCCCGUCACGUUGAUCUCUCAGCAGUCAACCUGA